AUGACCACGUCUUCAGACAACAUGUUGCCGCCUGUCGCUGACUUUGACGACUUGCCUGUUUGGAUUAAUGACCCUGAAUUCCGACAACCUCGCUUCGAGGGCGAUCCUCGAUGUCGUCGUAGCGUUAUGGCCCGACUCAAAGCGAUCUUAUCGCUGACAGAUGGACACAGACCGUUCCGAUGGGGAUUUGCCAUUGUACGCACCGCUUAUGGUCCUGGUUCUGAUGAGCAGUUUCGACACGCUAUCAACAUCAUCAAUCGCGUAGCCAAAGUUUGGGCUGACGAUGAGGCGAAUAAUGUUAAAGAAAACAUCAUGUAUUGCAAAGACAACAGUGCAAUUCUUGACCAUAUUCCCGUCGAGGUUGACAUGCGUCCAAACGAGGAGUUCUUACGCCGCUUCGAGAACGACAUCCUCGAAGACAAGGAGGCGCUGGAGAAUGCUUCGUCGGCCGCAGUUCGCGCCUAUUUCAAGAAAUGGAUUUCGUCGAAGAGAGGCACUGCUCUCAUUGGAGACAUGCGAUUUGCUGCUUGCGUUAUGCUCGACGCCGAGACAUUGGAACAGUUCGCUGCUGUACCCGAGGGGUUUCCACGAGACACCCAAGAAGGAUAUAGAUCGUCGUACUGGCUCAAGCUGGUUGACACCGAUCCAAAUCCCGACGAAGCUGUCCGUGUUCGAGUGUACGGUCAUGAUGAUUUGAUGAAAUACUGGUUCGACCGCAACUUCCGCCAGCGACCCAUGUCGGAAAUGACUCACAGAUCCGAUCGUGAGAAUCCAGGAGUACUCUACUUCGGUAAACCCCGACUAGACAUCCCCAGAAUCACCCGUGAGACCUGA